GUAAAAUGUUCGUCCGCACCGCCGUCGUCCUUCUGCUCGUCGCCUCCACCGCCUACACAUUUGUAGCCCCACCAUCACAAGCCACUCUGGCCUGUAUCACAUGUGUGGCUACUGUCAAAGGAGUUGAAGCAAAGAUGCUCCACGAAGGUGGAAACGUGGCGAAGCAUGACGUGGAUGCAAUCUGCUUGAAGGAGGUCCCAACGCACUCUGCUGAGCACUUAUGUGAGGAGUACGGAGAGCACGAAGUUGAUGUGAUGGUCACAUUGAUCAAGCAAGACGUCCCACCGAAAAUGAUCUGCCAGGAAUUGCAAAAAUGCUAAUUUUGAAUGAAAUUUCUGGUUUUUACAAUAAAAAAUUUUUUACUU